UACACAUAUAAUAUAACGUGUUAGACAGAGUUUUAAUAUGAAAGGCACGGCUCUAGAUGAAGUGAAUAGUGAGAGAUCGGAAAUUGCGUCAUGGUAUGCUGGAAAGAAUGUACUUAUUACCGGUGCAACCGGAUUUAUGGGAAAAGUUUUAGUUGAAAAACUUUUAAGAAGUUGUCCUCAUAUAAAAGGCUUAUAUUUAAUUGUGCGGCCCAAAAAGGGUCUUACAGCGGAAGCAAGAAAACAUCAAUAUUUCAAAUGUGUGAUUUUUCAUAAAAUUUUGGAUGCAAAUCCCGAUAUUGUUAAUAAAGUUCAUGUUAUCAAAGGUGAUCUACUGGAAGAUGAUCUCGGAAUUAACAUUGAUGAAAGCAAACAUUUAAUUACUAACAUCGAGAUUAUAUUUCAUUGCGCAGCCAAUGUACGUUUUGAUCAACCAUUACGUCCUAUGGUAGAAAUGAAUGUUGUCGGCACAUUAAAGCUGCUUAAGUUGGCUGAAAAGAUGGAAAAUCUUAAGUCAUUCGCUUACGUAUCGACAACAUACUGUCAGUGCAAUGAAAGCGUUUUGGAAGAACAUGCCUAUCCAGCGCCGCAAGAUCCAUAUGAGAUUAUCGAAAUGAUUAAAAACUUAAAUGAUCAGAGUUUAGCUGAGAUUACUCCCACAUUAUUAAACGGACUGCCGAACACAUAUGCCUACAGUAAGGCAUUGACUGAAGAUUUAAUUAAUAGAUAUGAAAAAAAACUACCAAUUGUUGUUGUAAGACCAUCUAUCGUUACUGCGGCAAUGGAGGAACCUUUACCCGGUUGGAUUGAGGGUGUGAAUGGGCCGACUGGUUUAAUGAUUGGCGCAGCACGUGGUGUCAUUAGAUCCAUGCAUUGCAAUCCCGAUUAUGCGUCUACGGUUAUACCGGUUGAUAAAGCUAUUAACGGUAUGAUUGUGGCCGCUUAUAAUCGUGCCCACUCCGAAACGGAUUGCAUAGAAUUUUCCAAUUUAUGCGGUUCGAAUAAAGGUCUCAUUUCAUGGGGCGAAAGCAUUGAGACGGGAAAACGCCUCUUUUAUCAAACACCUUUAAGCCUUGCUCUUUGGUAUCCGGAUGGUUCGAUAAAAAAAGAAUUAUUAUCUUCACUUGAUUUGUGUCAUAUUUUUCCAUUAUUUACCAGCCUAUAUUAUCGAUUUUCUUUUAUUGCUCUUCGCACGCAAGCCAUUUUUAGUGAAAGUGCAGAAUAAAAUCUCAACUGGUCUUAAGCUAUUGCAGUACUAUACUACCAAAGAUUGGACAUUUAAAAAUGAUAAUUUCCGACAGCAAUAUAAUGAAUUAA